UCUAAUGGUUGUGGGCUUGUGGCUAACGGUAUCCGUCUGGAUCGGAUCCGCAUGAACACAAUUGGCUGGGUGAACGCUAUGCUCGGGCCCACUGUGUUGUCCUCUUUUCUUUUCUUUAUUUAUUUUUUUCUUUCUCUCCUUCUUCUAGACCGGAUCUCGUGCCUUAUCUUAUUCUAAAACAUUUCACAUCCAUCUACUACCAGUGUCUCAAGAUGUGGAGACGCCGGAACUGAAAUUUCAAAUCCACCCGCUGACCAAUUUCGGAUUUUAAUCGCCUGACCCUGAUACAAUUGACCGAUUCAAUUGAAAUUGAAGUUGAAGAAGCUGUUUAGGGAUUUCUGGGAUUUCUUUCACCUUCUGCUCUCACGAUGUCUGCCAUUGUCUGUGGUGGAGGAUUAGGAGGAGCAGUUAGCUCUGUCAGUCCUUCUUUCUCGGCUCUCUCCCCGUCUUUCCCUCCGACGAGAAUCUCUGCUUCACCUAAGCCUCCUUGCGUCAUCCGCUGUGCGGUUCAAGGAACUGUAGCAGAACCAAAAGCUGUCUCGGCUACUGAACCCCUUCUGCUAAAUGCGGUCAGAGGACUGGAUGUUGAGAGACCCCCAGUUUGGCUUAUGCGGCAGGCUGGGCGGUAUAUGAAGAGUUACCAAAUGAUAUGUGAGAAGCAUCCUUCUUUCCGCGAAAGAUCAGAAAAUGUUGAUCUUGUAGUUGAAAUCUCACUCCAACCCUGGAAAGUUUUUAAGCCUGAUGGGGUUAUUUUAUUUUCUGAUAUCUUGACUCCGCUUUCUGGCAUGAACAUACCUUUCGACAUUGUAAAAGGAAAGGGUCCUGUUAUCUUCAACCCCUUACGAACAUCUGCUGAUGUCGAUCUCGUGAGAGAGUUUGUCCCUGAUGAGUCGGUUCCGUAUGUUGGGGAAGCAUUGACAAUCUUGAGGAAAGAGGUUGAUAACCAAGCCGCUGUGCUUGGUUUUGUUGGUGCUCCUUUUACCCUUGCAUCUUACGUUGUUGAAGGCGGUUCAUCAAAACACUUCAGCAAAAUAAAACGGUUGGCUUUCUCUCACCCCAAGGUUCUCCAUGCAUUGCUUCAGAAAUUUACAACUUCCAUGGCUAAGUACAUUCAAUAUCAAGCUGACAAUGGAGCUCAGGCUGUUCAAAUCUUCGACUCAUGGGCCACCGAACUCAGUCCAGUUGAUUUCGAGGAGUUCAGUCUCCCAUACUUGAAGCAGAUAGUUGACACUGUAAAACAAACCCACCCAAACCUUCCUCUAAUCCUUUAUGCCAGCGGAUCCGGAGGCUUGCUCGAGAGGCUAGCUCUGACCGGAGUGGACGUGGUUAGCUUGGAUUGGACGGUGGACAUGGCGGAAGGCAGGCGACGAUUGGGGAAAGAUGUAGCAGUCCAAGGAAACGUGGAUCCAGGUGUUCUUUUCGGUUCGAAAGAGUUCAUCACCAACCGGAUCAACGAUGUAGUGAGGAAGGCUGGCAAGGGGAAACAUAUAUUGAACCUGGGGCAUGGGAUUGUAGUAGGAACACCAGAGGAGAACGUUGCUCAUUUUUUUGAGGUCGCCAAAGGACUCAGAUACUAGGACAACUGUACAAGAUAUGGCAUUUUGUCACAUCAAAAUUUGGUGUUUUUAGUGCGCAUCAACGAGGGAUUAGGUCCGUUUGGUUCUGUAAGACGGCCACGAAGCUACUUUUGUUCCUUCCAUGCACUUCGUCUUCCUCUGCAUCCGUAUAUGUGAACACCCAUAAUUAUCUCAUGGAGGUAUGUUCCACCAAAACCACUAUACAAUUUUUCUUUUAUGAAGGCGUUUUUAAUGUUAAGUGCUAUUUCAAGAAUUCAAACUUAAAACAUUAAAAUUGAAAAUGGAUA